UCAUACCUCUACUUGGGCAGCUUUCGGUUUCUCUCUCUGACUCUCUUCGCCAGAUUACAAUUUCCGUUUCUUGUCCUCCUGUUGAGUGGUGGGCAUGGAUUACUGGCUCUUGCACGUGGGCUGGAAGACUUUAUCCUGUUGGGAACUGCUUUGGAUGCUUCACCAGGUGACAUAUUGGAUAAGAUUGCACGACGGCUGAAACUGAAUCGAAUCCAGGAUCCUCGACUGAAAGAAGUCAGUGGUGGUCGUGCGAUUGAAAUUCUGGCUACAGAGUGUCCCGGCUCACCACACCUAUUCAACCUACCCAACCCACGGUCUCAGAAGCGCGACUGUGAUUUCUCGUUCACUGGAAUCCACAUAGCAGCGGAGCGAAUCAUUGACAAAUUGGAGAGCGAGAAUGCGGGUACAUUUUAUUUUUUCCACGCAACAGAUCGAGAUUCGAAAUUGCUACCUCGGGAUCUCCUAGCGAGCAUCUGUGCCGCCAUACAACUUUCAUUCACUCAAUUGAUCUGUCGAAGAGUACAACGAGCUAUCGAGUUAACUACCAUUCACUCUGACCUGCUCAUGCAAGGAUUGCCAUGGCCAACAAAACUGGUUGUUUCUGGUGGGGUGGCAGCCAACUCUUACAUUAGAUAUGGGUUGGUUGAAACUGCCGGCCUAUAUGGGCUGCAUGUGGUUGCUCCACCACCUCGCUUGUGUACAGACAAUGGUGUAAUGAUAGCUUGGAAUGGCCUGUUAUUGUUUCGUGAUGGAUCUCGUAUUACACACGACCUUUCUCAGAUUGAUUUCGAACCCAAAGCGCCGUUUGGGAUUGAUUGUCGCGCCCUUGUGCAGAAGGCCAACUUGAAGAUCAAACCGAUCCGACUAAAACAUUUGCCAUCCCCACCAUCUCUGUCGGGCACUCAACGUGCGAACAGUACUGUUCAUUGA